AUGGUGGGAAGGGCUGGGAGGAAAGUUUGCGACAAAGAAGCGUAUGCUUACAUCUACACGGAGUCUCGUAAAGUAGAUUUUUACAAGGCUUUUCUGUUUUCCCCCUUUCCCGCGGAGUCUUCCUUCCAUGAGCGGCUGAUCGAUAGUCUUAACUCAGAAAUCGCAUCUGGAACAGUUGCAAACCUACCUCAAGCCUUGAAUUAUCUCAAAAAUACAUUCUUUUACCGAAGGCUGCAGCGGAAUCCGCAGUACUAUUUGAAUACAGAAUUUCUUACUGGUUGCACUGUGGAAUCGACUACUGAAGAGCUGGCGGCUUCCGUUGUUUGUAGAAGCCUACAACGGCUGGAAGAAAUCGGUUGUAUCUCAACUGCUUGCGGGGAGUUGGCUUUGUUUGAGGAGGACAAGAUAUUAGUACCUUCUAUCAUUGGCACCCUGGCGUCACAGUACUACAUUUGUUGCCAAACUAUGACUCAUUUCACAGAUGCCCUUUGCCAAAAUACCUAUUGUAACAGUAUCUUCAAGAUUUUGUGGAUUUUAUCAAAUGCCAAAGAAUUCAGCGAAGUGCCCCUGAGACACAAUGAAGACAUCUACAAUAUGCACUUAUCUUCGACGGCUAUGAUGCCUAUACCUGCAUCUGAAGCCUCGAAUCCGCAUGCUAAGACCUUUUUGUUACUUCAGACGCGUCUUUUUGAUUUGGACGUCCCUAUUUUUGACUACAACAAUGAUCUGAAGUCUGUCUUAGAUCAGCUACCCCGCAUAUGUCAGGCUCUGAUUGACUUAAUAGCUUGCUACCGCAACUUUAAGAACAUAAAAUAUGCUAUGAUGCUCUACAAACAUCUAACUGUUGGUGGAAACUUACUGGAACAACGUUGUUCGUUAGACGAUGCAGCUGUUAUGACAGUAAAGGUUGUGGACAUACGACUGAGUCGACCGUUGCGUGGGAUUGCCAUGUCUGAAAGAGAUGGAUGGUACAGUUACGAUGUAACAGGUGUGAACGAGGUGGAUGUUGUUGUAUGCGUAUCGAACGUGUCGACAAACGAUGCACGAUAUAUAACAUUAGGAGGUCAGCGCUCCGAUGUACUCUAUGGGUUCAAAAAAAUCACAACCUCGGGGAAUUACUCAUUCAGGUAUGUAAUACAACUGAGGUUUAACUAUGCGCAGAGUGAAACUUGGUUAUUUACGUGGGCACGUAGUGACCAGGGUGAUUUUAACCUCAUGCACGUCGUACACGUUUGA